AUGGACCCAAAAGAUACCAUCUUUGCCAAGAUCGUGGCAGGUACCAUUCCAUGCAAGAAGGUCUAUGAAGAUGAAUAUUGUUUGGCUUUCCACGAUAUCAAUCCAGUAGCACCAGUUCAUGUCGUUCUAAUUCCAAAGACACCAAUCGGUGGUAUCGAUGAUGCUCAAGAAUCACAUGCUGAAACAUUGGGUAAAAUGAUGGUCAAUGUUCCAACCAUUGCCAAACUCGUGGGUAUCAGUGAAUCUGGUUACAGAUUGGUUGUCAACGAAGGUCUCAACGGACAACAAUCAGUCAGAUGGUUACAUAUCCACGUUUUGGGUGGUAGACAAAUGAACUGGCCACCAGGAUAA